GACACCCAAAAAUAAAAUCCUCUUUGAUGCAGUCAGUGUUGACUCCAGGUCAAUUAACCCUUGACCUUUGAUGUCAUUCCUUCUUCUUCUGAUAAUGAAACGAGUCGAGACAGAGAGUUAAUGAGCACAUGGAGCGAACCUGUGUCUGAAAAUCAACAACUAAAGGAGAAGCAGUCGUUCUCAUGGAGCUGUCUGUGCACACACUAAACUGAAGAGAAACGAGUGAGAGUGAGAUGAGAGAGUGAUGAAAAGAUAGAGAGACAAUAGGGAGAGUUAGAGCCGGGGGGUGAUGGAAAGAGAUGGAGAAAAGGCGAUAGAGCAAAAGAGAAAGAAGCAGAGGAGAGCAGGGAGGACCAGAACAGGAGGUGUAAAAAGACUGAGAGAGAGAGAGAGAGAGAGAGAGGGAGAGAGAGAGAGAGGAGGGGAGGAGGACGGAGGAGGGCGAGCAGCAGCAGCAGCAGCAGCAGCAGCAGCUCAGCUGUUGUUACAACAGGGAGAGCGUGCAGUCGUCGAGGGGAGAGAGCUGUUGCCACGGGGAUUAUUACCAUGUCUGCCGCCGCGGCAACAGCCAACAGGACCUGAACCGAAGGGAGGUUGUCGGUUCAGUGCCGGACAGGACAGAGCCUACGAGCAAGGCAGCAGAGGGACCAUCAUGAGGGCGAGGUAGGGAGAGAAAAGAGAAGAGAUGCAGAGCUGAAGUGAAGGCGGACGUCAGGCUGAAGGAGGGAAAAGACAAAGAAGAAUGGAAAGAAAAAGAAAGAGGAGGAGUGAGGUUGUGAAGAAUAAAGAUCUGAGAGUGUAAAGCGUCAUUCAGGAGGAAGUGAAAGAGGGAAAAAGAGCCAAAAAAGAGGAACAGAAAAAGAGAAGUGAUAGUGUGUGUGCGGGUUAUUCUGCAGAGUUUGAGGAUAUUUCUGACCUCUUUUCAUCUGAAUCCUGUUUUACUCUUCAUCUGUUGGUCUGGUCCUCAGGUUAAAGAAGAAUCAGCGCUCAGUUACAGCUCUGAGGCUCCACAGGGGAAGCAGUUGAUUGGUUGAUCUUGUGGGGAGGUCAGGUGGUCAAAGGCCAUGGCGGCCCGGCUCCUCCUCUUCCUGUUCGUCUCGGCGACGCUCAGCCACGCUCACUUCCAGUCCGCCCAGCGCCUGAAGCCCCGCCUCCAGAGAGACAGACGCAACAUCCGGCCCAACAUCAUCCUGAUCCUGACCGACGACCAGGACCUGGAGCUGGGCUCGAUGCAGGCCAUGAACAAGACUCGCCGCAUCAUGGAGGAGGGUGGGACUUCUUUCUCCAACGCCUUCGUGACCACGCCCAUGUGCUGUCCGUCACGUUCGAGCAUGCUCACUGGGAAGUACGUCCACAACCACAACACCUACACCAACAACGAGAACUGUUCCUCGUUGUCAUGGCAACGGCAGCACGAGCCGCGGACCUUCGGGGUCUACCUCAACAACACUGGAUACAGGACAGCCUUCUUUGGGAAGUACCUGAACGAGUAUAACGGCUCGUACGUCCCCGCCGGGUGGAGGGAGUGGCUCGGCUUGGUGAAGAACAGCCGCUUCUACAACUACACAAUGAGUCGCAACGGAGUCCGAGAGAAACACGGAGCUCAGUACCCACAGGACUACCUGACCGACCUGAUCACAGCCGAGUCCAUCCGGUAUUUCCGAUCCUCUAAGCGGGUUUAUCCCCACAGGCCGGUUCUGAUGGUCCUGAGCCACGCGGCUCCGCACGGACCUGAAGACUCAGCACCGCAGUACAGCACCGCCUUCCCCAACGCAUCGCAGCACAUCACUCCCAGUUAUAAUUAUGCUCCAAACCCAGACAAGCACUGGAUCAUGCGUUACACGGGUCCCAUGAAGCCCAUCCACAUGGAGUUCACCAACAUGCUGCAGAGGAAACGGCUGCAGACGCUGCUGUCUGUGGACGACAGCGUGGAGAAGCUGUAUAACAUGCUGGUGGAGACGGGCGAGUUGGAGAACACCUACAUCAUCUACACGUCUGAUCACGGCUACCACAUCGGACAGUUUGGCCUCGUCAAAGGUAAAUCCAUGCCGUACGAGUUUGACAUCAGGGUCCCGUUCUACGUCAGAGGACCUAACGUGGAGCAAGGCAGCAUUAACCCUCACAUGGUCCUGAACAUCGAUCUGGCUCCAACCAUCCUGGACAUCGCCGGUCUCGACACUCCUCCGGACAUGGAUGGGAAGUCGAUACUGACUCUGCUGGACACUGACAAACCUGUCAACAGGUUCCAAGUAAACAAGAAGCCGAAGGUGUGGAGAGACUCGUUCCUGGUGGAGAGAGGGAAGCUGCUCCACCAGCGUGUCGAGGGAAAGGAAGUGUCACAGGAGGAGAACUUCCUGCCCAAACACCAACGAGUAAAAGACCUUUGUCAGAGAGCCGAGUAUCAGACGCCCUGUCAGCAGAUAGGACAGAAGUGGCAGUGUGUGGAGGACGCCACAGGUAAACUGCGACUCUUCAAGUGUAAAAACGAAGGAGGCGGGGCAAAGAACUUCCAGAGGGGUGUGGCCAGCAAUCAGCGUCCAAUCAGCAUCAAGUCUCAGCUGUACAACCGCAACUCAGACGCCUGUGACUGCGACUUACGUGACCUCCGACCUCUGAACCUGCGACCCUCCAUGAUGAGGCCGUUCAACAAGAAGCCUUUCCUCUCCAAGAAGAAAUUCAAAGCCCUGAAGAGUUACCCCAGAAACCGUUUCACCCGCUCUGUGUCCAUGGCAUCCCUGAUGAACAGUUACCCCGGUAACCACAGCCUGACAGGCGGCUCUGACGACUCGGAGGACGAGUUCAGCGGGAUGGGAGGUGCUCCCAGUGUCGUGGCCCCGCCCAACUCCAUCAAAGUCACACACAGAUGUUCCAUCCUGUCUAACGCCACAGUCAAGUGUGACACAGGAGUGUAUCAGUCUCUGCAGGCCUGGAAGGAUCACAAGCUGCACAUAGACCACGAGCUUCUUUCUUUCUCUCAGAUUGAGACUCUACAGACGAAGAUAAAGAACCUGAGAGAGGUCAGAGGUCACCUGAAGAAGGCCCGCCCCCUGGAGUGUGACUGUAAUAAAUACCUGUAUAAGUCCAAACUGAAGAACAAGCUGAGGUACAGAGGAGGCAGUCUGCACCCGUUCAGGAAGGGCGGGGCUCGGGACAAGAAGGCGUGGCUUCUGAAGGAGCAGAAGAGGAGGAAGAAGAUGAGGAAGAUGAUCAAGAGGCUCAGGAACAACGACACGUGUUCGAUGCCCGGACUCACCUGCUUCACACACGACAACCAACACUGGCACACUGCCCCCUACUGGACACUGGGUCCGUUCUGUGCGUGCACCAGCGCCAACAACAACACAUACUGGUGUCUGAGGACCAUCAAUGAGACCCACAACUUCCUGUUCUGUGAGUUUGCCACCGGCUUCCUGGAAUACUUCGACCUCAACACUGACCCGUACCAGCUGAUAAACGCCGUCAGCUCUUUAGAUCGGACGGUUCUCAAUCAGCUCCACGUUCAGCUGAUGGAGCUCAGAGGCUGCAGGGGACACAAGCAGUGUAAUCCUCGCACACGCUCAGUGGAGCUGGCAGGAGAACGGCAACAUGGCAGCUUUGAUGACUACAGGGUGUUUGAGAGGAGGAAGUGGCCGAGAGUCAAGAAACCUUCAUCAUCUCGAACCCUAGGUCCGAUCUGGGACGGCUGGAAGGGCUAAGCCUCCUGAUUGGUUGGAGCAGGCUCCUGACCCCGCCCACAGCAGCCUGAAGGAGCAGGGCGUGGUUGUCGACGCGGCAGCGUUGCUUGGCAACCACGCCCCCUUCUCACAGGCCAGCCAAUCAGCUUCUGCCAUCUCUGUGACAUCACCAGGCCCUCCCACCCUGCUGCUCAGGGAGACGCUGGGACGAAACACCCAACGCACCUCUUCAUCAGCUGCUCCUCCUCCUCCUCCUCCUCCGCCUCCUCCACUCCCCCCUUCUCCUCUGAAGAGGGCAGCUGUGGGGGGAGGAGCCGGGGGGAGGAGGACAGUGAUGAAGAGGAGGAGACAGAGAGGUAGACAGGGAAACAUCACAGACGACGGUAACAUCAGAUGAGUAUUGGUGAGAUAAAACAAUGUUUACAGAGCAAACUGUCUUCUCCUCCUCCUCCUCCUCCUCCUCCUCCUCCUCCUCCUCUUCAGGUGACCUCCCAGCGGCCAUAUUUGUUUUACAUGUUCAUAUUUAGUCUUUCUAACAGUCUGUAAAGACAUUAAAGGACCUGUUCGCCCUGUUUUUGUUGUUAUUAAACUCAGACUGAGACAGAAGCAGACAAACUUCCGUGUCGAACACUGUGACAUCACCGCUGAUGUAAAUGUGAUGUCAUUUCCUUUUCUGUUUUUUUUUUUUUGUUUCUUCCACUAACUUAAGCGUUGGUUACCACGGUGACCAACGGUUGUACUGACGACAGAGCAUGAGUUGUACUAACCUGGUGACUGACUGACUACAGUACCCACCAUGCAACACAGCAGCCCUGAACAGAACGACGACCAGAACAUUUUGGAGUAAAGAGAACAAACAAGAAAAGCUGGAAGUCUUUUAAUGUCUCAUGAGCCAAUAAAAAGAGGACUAAACGAUGAUGUCAUCGCAUUCCAGAACUUGUUCCAGCUGUUUUUGUGAAUAAAAAAAAUAGAGAAGAUUUGUUUAAAGUUAAAGCUGUCACCCUGGAAAAACCAGUCCUACUUUUUAAGUAACCAUCAAACCGUCCAAUCACCUUCUUCCUUUUCAGUUCAGCCGUUUUGUCCGCUCAGUUUUUUUUCUAUUUUUUAACCUUUCAGCUUCCUCCACCCCUCCCCCACCCCAAACAAACCACUGACCCGAGAGGUCCAGAGUUCAAAAUUGAGCAUGUAACUUAUAAAAAUGUAAAAUAGAACUGUAGAAAAUCACGACUGGAUUCACACAAGAAGUGAAAAGAUGGAAAUUCAAAUUGAAAAGAAAUGUUAGGACAUGAACCCCCCCCCCCCCAUACUCUUACACUGUUAAAUAUCUUCUGAAUCUUCUAGACUUUAUGCAUUUAGAGAUAAAGUGUUGUAAUUCUGCCUUUUUGUGCGUCCAGUUUCUUUAUGGUGUCUGAUAUCAGCGGGUACAGAGGAGCACUCGUUUGUUGCAUGGUUGGUGUUUUCUUUCCUGGUGUGGUUGAAGGAGGAGGAGCGUUUUUUCUUCCUCUUUUUGAACUUUCACUCUGUUUUCUGGUGGAAUUUACAGAAUGAUUUUUGAUCUGAACUGAAACAAACCUAACUCUAAAAAAUAACUUUCCCUCAAAUUUUUUACCAUUUAACUUUUUAUUCUUUUUAACUUCUUGACAUUAUACAAACCUACAGUAGAAAUGUGACAUUACAAAAUAAAAAAAGAAACACAAUAGACAGCUAUAUGAAGAAAAACAACCACUGCACCCUAAUAUUUCUGUAUUGUGUUAACUAGCACACUGUGUCCUCUCUGUGAUGCUUAAUUCAUUCACUGACUACUCUCUACUCUCUCUGCUUUCAGUUACAUAAAAUAAGGCUUUUUGCUAAAAUAUUAACCCUCAAACUAAACUGUCUCUCGCUUCAGAACAUGUGGCCAUAUUUUUUCUUUACAUGUCACAUUAGAGUGUGAGCAGAGGUGAGAGAAACAAACUCCAUCACCUCGGAUCAUCGUGCUAAUUCUACUUCUGUUGUGUUUUUGUUUUUCAUCCUGGGCUGCUGCUCUGUCUGUGUCCAGCUCAUCUGGGUCUGUUUCUUCUUCUACUAUGGAUUUUUUUUCCUGUCUGAUUUUUGAGUUUCAGAACCACCACUCUAGAAAGAAAGAAGCCCCUCACUCAGACUGACACCAAGACCACACAUUUCUAAUCAUUUGAAAUCACAUUUUCUACGAUCAGAUUUCAUCAGAGCGUGUUGUUGAUCCACAGAGAGGAAACACCAGGAAACUUUCAUCACAAAUAUUCCUUUUUUUUCUGUGUAAAAGUGUUUGAGGGUGGUUUCUUCCUUCCUGUGUGAAUGCAGCCAACCAGUCUGUUGUCUGUAGAGUUUGUUUUUUUUUUUAACCCCAAAUGUAUUUGCUCUGCGGUGCUAUUUGCUGUCUAACAACUAUCUAGGAAAAAAUCUCCUGGUUGUGUUUGAAUGUAUUUGUAAAUGUUUAGGUGUGUUUUCUAAAGACGCGCACUAGAAUCGGACCGUUCUGGACCACCUGAGACUGGACCGACUCUCUCACACACACACACACACACACACACACACACACACCCACACCUGUACUCCCUCCACCCCCUCACACACACACAUAAACACACACACUGAAGGACAAACUGCUGAGCACUUUGAUUGGAGGAUGGAGGGAUGAAUGGACCAAUGGAGGGUUCAUGCUGAGACUUGACGACACAUGAUGUAAACGGGCCGUGUGCAGCCAGUGAUACUGAUCUAACACACCUGUACAGUCACCCACUGACCUGUGGAAACAGUGAUUGGUUCUAGUUUGUGAAUAAAGUGUUGAAUGCCAAAAUGAA